ACAAAUGCAUCCACGUGCAAAAAUGCCAAUUUUUUUUAUUAAAUGGACAAAUUUACACUAAGGUGUUUGAUAUAUAUGUUAAUUGCUAUUGCACAGUAGGUUAAAUAUAAUAUUUGACAUUAAACUCGUCGUUUACGAAUAUAAAAUUAUAUGUUUACUUACUUCCAAGUAAAGUCUAAAGAAAAAGUUAGAGUAGGCAUCCAUAAAGCCGUUUUACUCACUUGUUUUUUUUAAAGCAGCACCCCACAUUCCACUUCAUCCCUGUCCUUAUUCCACCGUCUUCUCUCCACCAAAAACAAAUAAAUAAACACAAAUAAAAAUGCAUUUUUCAGCUCCAUUUGCUCACUCCAAACAGUGAAUAAAGCAAUCCCACCACUCCCCAGAUCAGAUCUCACCUUCUCUCCACUCCACCACCACCCAAUGAUUUCUAUCCUCUGAAUCAUCCAUCGUGAAUUUUGUAAACCACCGACUGAUCGUUUCCCAUGGCGACACUGCAGAAAUUCAAGCUCUUAGCGACUCAAUGCGCCGUCGCCGGAAGCCCAACGCGGAGCCCAUCGGCCAGCCCAGUCAUCCACCUCCGCCGCCGCAAGACGCUAAGAAUGUUCCUGACCCGCCAGGAUCGCCGCCGAUUGCCUCGCCAAACCAAUUCCUCGGAAUCUCCACCCAUUAACGGUGACAAUCGCGACGGUGAUUCGCCGCAGAAGAGCAAGGAGGUCGCUCGAGUUCGGCGCAAGCUGAAGGACCUCUUCGUGUCGUCGCCGCCGUUCGAAGAUAGGAUUUCGGAUAGGAGGAGUGGAGGAAUUGGGGACGAAGUAGAAGGGCGAGGGUUGUUAUCGGCAACCGGAAGUGGUGAUGGUUCCGGUGAGAUUCCGACUCAGCGAGGCGCAGGCUUAUCGCUUCGGCCAAUAACGGCGUCGUUUCGAAAUAGGUUACUGAAACGAGCUUGGCGGCCUGUUCUGGUUACCAUCCCCGAGUAACUCGAUUUUCUGUGAAUGUACGGAUAAUUCCUUUUUUUUUUUUUUUUUUUGGAAAAUAUGAAUUUUUGGUACUCUGGAGUGUAAUCUUAUUAUGUUAGUUUUUUUUUUAAAUUUUUUUAAUUUAUAUAAAUAGUAAAUAAGAAAUUAAAUUUGUUUUCCGAAA